AUGGCAGAUCUGACACCAACACACAUCAGCUGGCAGCCCUCGGCAAACGCAGGCACCCACCACACCGACAGAUAUGGCAGCACGGAGAUGGUGGUGAGGCGAGGACAGGCCUUCGCUAUUACCCUGUACUUCAACCGGCCGCCGCAGCCUGGGGAGAGCCUCGCCUUUGUCGUUGAAACUGGACCAUCCCCCUCUGAGUCUCACCGCACGAAGGCAGCGUUUAACCUCUCAGAGGUGGGGGCCAACGGCUGGAGUGCUGCCCAAGGACCCAGUGAGUCCGGUUACGUGAGCUUCUCUAUAUCCAGCCCAGCCAAUGCCGUCAUCGGACGAUACAAUCUCAUCCUCCAAGUGACCUCAGGGAAUAAGAUCUUCUCCAGAUUUCUGGGGCAGUUUGUGCUACUCUUCAAUCCCUGGUGCCCAGGUGACGAUGUCUACAUGGCUAAUGAAAACGAGAGGCACGAGUAUGUUCUAAACGAGAAUGGAAUAAUCUUUGUGGGCAACGCAAAGUACAUUGAAGCAAGAGGAUGGUACUACGGACAGUUUCAGGAUCAACUUCUAAACAUCUGUCUCACCAUGCUUGAUCUGAGCCUGUACUAUCGUCAGGACUCAGCCAUUGAUGUAUCCCGAAGAGGAGACCCUAAAUAUGUGGGCCGAGUAAUCAGUUCUAUGAUCAAUGGAAAUGAUAAUGAUAACGGAGUUCUCCUGGGAAAGUGGCAAGGAAGCUUCCAUUCACAUGAGAACCCAUCCCGCUGGGACGGCAGCGUGGUUAUCCUCCAGAAGUGGCGCCAGGACAACUACAAGCCUGUUCAGUAUGGCCAGUGCUGGGUUUUCGCAGGCGUGAUGUGUACAGUUCUGAGGUGCUUGGGGAUUCCAACUCGUCUGGUUUCAAAUUUCAACUCUGCCCACGAUGUGGAUAGAAACCUGAGUAUUGACAAGUACUACGACAGCUCGGGGAAGAGUCUUAAUAUCGGCAAGGAUUCCACAUGGGAUUAUCACGUCUGGAACGAAAGCUGGUUCGUUCGCCCAGACCUGGGAACAUCGUACAACGGGUGGCAGGUUUUAGAUGCGACCCCACAGGAGCAAAGCAAAGGAUUAUUUCAAUGUGGCCCUGCAUCUGUCACAGCCAUCAAAGAAGGUGAUGUAGACUUGGAUUACGACACUUUAUUUGUAUAUACGGAGGUGAAUGCUGACUGCAACAGAUGGAUUGUAUACAACGACGGAACUAAGAAAAGAGUUUAUUGUGAUACGGAGAUAAUUGGCAGGUUUAUCAGCACCAAAGCUGUGGGCAGCAACUCCCGUGUGGAUGUCACCUGUAAUUACAAAUAUCCAGAAGGUUCUUCUGAGGAACGAAGAGUUUAUAAAAAGGCUUUGGCCAAGAUAUUUGGAUCAUACAUCACAGAAGGACAUGCAGAAUCUCCAAAUGAAAGAUCCUCAGAGACAGUCAGAAACCCUGGGAUCUCUGGGAAAUUCAAGCUGACGGAACCUGCGGUGUUUGGCAAAGACAUUACCCUGACCCUAAUCCUCAAUAACCUAGCUUUUGACCACAAAACCGUGAAGGUGGACAUGAGUGCAUCAACCGUCCUGUACACCAGGAGAGCAGUGGCAGAGAUCCUGAAGGCAACCACUUCCGUGGAUCUUGGUUCUAAACAAGAGAAACAUAUCCGGUUGAAGAUCCCUUAUUCUUACUACGGAAACCAUCUGACAACUGACAAGAGGAUCCAAGUUACUGCUUUGUGUGAAGUCAUGCACACACAUGGGGGGAAGCUGCUGGUGGAGAAGACAAUCGUUUUAGAGGACACCAACAUCAUCAUCAAGAUCCCGCGGCGGGUGGUGGUGAACAAAGCCGUCACUCUGGAGAUCUCCUACGCCAACCCCCUCCCGGAACCAGUGAACCGCUGUGUCCUGCUGGUGACCCUGAUGAACCAGCAGGUCAAGAUACAUCUGGCCCGACUGGCUCCGAGGGAGAGAUCAAAGAUCUAUUUUGAGUUCACGCCUCGCAGGACUGGGCCCUUACAGCUGCAAGUGGACUUCUCCUGUGACAAGUUUUCGCACGUGAAGGGAUUCGUAACCAUCACGGUAGCACCAGCAUAA